UACAAGUAGACGGACAGGAAGUAUUGUAAGGUAAAAAGAUGGCCGUGUUGAUCAGAGGUUGUUGCAGGUUUCCAUCAACAUUCAGCUUCAGUCGUGUCGUCCUGAGCGGCUCCGGUAAAACGCGGCUCCCUCUCUCAGCACCGGCCUGUGUGGCAGCGGCGGUCCGGCCGUACAGCUCAGACAGCGGCGGACAGAAACAGAAGCAGACGGUCGUGUUUGUUGGCAUCCCGAACCCCGUCAUCUGGUUCCGCACAAAGAUCUACUACUUUCUGAUCAGAGCUUACUUUGAUAAAGAGUUUAACAUCGAGGAGUUCACAGAAGGAGCGAAACAGGCUUUCAUACAUGUUUCCAGACUGCUGUCACAAUGUCAGUUUGAAGCCCUGGAGGGGUUGGUGGCGAAAGAUUUGAUCGGGAAGCUGGAGGAAAAAUGCAGCCUGCUGCCUGUGAGCUACAUGAAAGCACUCUCUGCUGACGCGGAUACGAUUAUGCACACUACACCCGGAGACGUGGGAAUCUACUACGAUGAUAACGGGAGGAAGUUUGUGAGUAUUUUGAUGCGUUUCUGGUAUCUGACCAGUGCACGUCUUCCUGACGACUCCGUGGAGGGAAGUCGCAUCUUCCAGGUGACCUUAGGUGAAGAAGGAGAAGCAGAAUCCAAGAGACUGCUAACUGCACAUUAUGAAUUCCAAAGGGAGUUUACUAAGGGAGUGCCACCAGACUGGACUAUUACGAGGAUAGAGCACUCCAAGCUUUUAGAUUAAGGUUUGGUGGUUUUGAUUCGAGGCAGAUAUGCCGGUGGAAACCAGUCAAAGACACAAAAUUCCCCUCAGUAUUUGCUUUCAUGAAAUUGAGGAAGAAACUGUUGAAGAUAAUCUACAGAAGGAAAAAAAAACAAGACGCAGCUCAUCACCAGAAAAAUCAAAGGAAAGCACCAGGACACACACUUGGAUUGAUCCACUAUUUGCACUCUACAUAUCUGUUCUCAUAGAUGCAGAACUGUCUGCAGUAAUUCUGUGUUGCAGAUUGUUUUCUUCACUAUCUCUAAUAUCCCAGAAACCAAUAAUCACAGCCCGACUAGAGCUGUGAACUCUUGCUCUGGAAGGUUUUGUACAUUGGGGAAUGGAACCAGAGGUGUCAAAUGUUAGUUUAAUAUAAUUUAUAGCCUUAUUAUAACUAUUGUGUAAUACCAGAGGGGAUUGAAAAAAACAUUCUGAAUUGUCCCGAUGUAAUAAAUAUCUCCAUUUCAAGCAAAUACUGAGGAUUAUUUGACCUACAUCUGGUCAGUCUUAGAUCUGCUGCUGUGUACACUUUCAAAUUUAGAUGCAGAAUGUGUUUAAAGGUAGAAACACAGGUUUAGACUUGUUUUGACUUCCCUGGAAGGUAACGCACCUUGUCUUUAUUUUGAUUAAAGACUGAUUGUCUCUCAUCCUCUAUUAAAGAACUCAUGCUUCUCUAUGUAGGACUGUGUAGCAUAAAGAUGUGAAAAUUCCAUGUGCCAGAUUUGAACAACCAUGUUUGUUUGUUUGUUUUUUUUCCCCACACAGAAUAUUUGACCUGUUGCAAUGUCGUGGCUCUGACACACAUGCUGUAUAUACAAUAUGAAAUAUACUGUAUGUGUGUAUAUGUGUUUGUAAUGGUGAAGGCAGCUUCGUGCAGCUGCAGCAGAUCUUUGAUUGUUUUAUUAAAUAUUGGAAAAAUUAAAGUGUGAAGAAUUUGUAGUAUGUCUUGUUUUAAAACUAUCGUUUUUUUUUGUUGUUGUUUAUUUUAAUGUAUUCCUGCAAAUGAUCAUAGUACAGGCAAUGGCACCUGUCUGCAUAAUUAUUAAUUACAUUUUUCUGAUGUUUGAAUGAUUAAAAUUAAAAUGUGUAUCUUAAAAA